AUGGCCAUUCAAUAUCUCAUUCUCCUAUCCCGUCAGGGCAAAGUGCGCCUUGCCAAAUGGUUCACAACACUCUCCCCCAAGGAUAAGGCCAAGAUCGUCAAGGAUGUAUCUCAGCUUGUGCUCGCUCGAAGAACGCGCAUGUGCAACUUUCUCGAAUAUAAGGAUACAAAGAUUGUCUAUCGCCGAUAUGCAUCACUCUUCUUCAUUGCCGGAUGCUCUUCCGAAGAUAACGAGCUGAUCACCCUCGAAAUUAUCCACCGAUACGUCGAACAGAUGGACAAGUACUACGGCAACGUUUGCGAGCUCGACAUCAUCUUCUCCUUUACCAAGGCAUACUAUAUCCUCGACGAAAUCCUCCUCGCCGGCGAGCUGCAGGAAACGAGCAAAAAGAAUGUUCUUCGCUGCAUCGGCCAACAGGACUCCCUUGAAGACAUGGAGCCCGGCAACCUACACCCACCCACCCGCCAAAUCGUCGCAAGACAGCUGACGCCAAGCCUCCAACAAGGUCGAGGACGAAGUUACAAAGAUCAUGUAAACCUCCUUGACGACCUUUUAAUUGCUGCCCGACAUCAAUCCGGCACCGCUCCCGAAGCGUCGGAUCGAGGCGACCGAUCAAUACCUACCAAACGAUUUUAUAUGAGUUACAGCCGACGAACAAGUAUUGGCGUCGCUCAAGGAGUCAGGAAUUCUGUAAUGGAAAAGUCUCAGGCGGCUGAGCAUCUCUUCGAUGGGAAGAGAGGACACAGGCUGCAUCCCACUGAAGAUAGUCAGGCCUGGCAUGCUGGGUUUGCUCUUAUGCUUAUCGAACCCGAGAUCAACCGCACUGCUCCGUCGCAACACCUCGACCCGCAACCGGAAUCAAGAGAAAACGAUUGA